GACCAAUACCAUCUCGAGUUUCGAGAUACAUUACAAAGAUAUGGCUACCGAAUAUGACCUUGUCAUCGUUAAUGGAAUUGUCGUGACAGACACCGAGAUUCAAGAGUGGGAUAUAGCGAUCAAAGAUGAGAAGAUCGCAAAUAUAGUAUCGAGGGGAGGUUUGAACGAUGUCAAAGCCGCAAAGACUAUUGAUGCUGAGGGCGGGUAUGUGAUGCCAGGAGGAGUCGAUGCCCACGUCCAUCUUCAAGAGCCACCUCUGUUUGGGAAAGGUUCAACAGCGGACAACUAUGAAACUGGAUCUCGCAGCGCAGUGUGUGGCGGUACAACAACCAUGGUUACCUUCGCUCCCCAGAAGAAAAGUGAGGAUACCCUCCUUGACACCCUCGCCGCGACGCACGCACGCGCAAAGGACAAUUGCUACAUCGACUACUCCUUCCAUCUGCUCGUAGGCAAUCCAUCAGAAAAAGCACUGUCAGAAUUCAAGACCCUCCGCGAAGAGGGCAUUUCCAGUCUGAAGAUCUACAUGACCUACGAAGCGCUUCAGCUCCACGACGGUCAAAUCCUCGACGUCCUCAUGGAAGCCCGCAAACAAGGCAUCACGACCAUGAUCCACGCCGAGAACAACCAUGUAAUCAAUUGGAUGACCACACAACUCGAAAAGCGUAAGCUAUAUGAGCCAAAGUAUCAUGGCCCCAGUCAUCCACCCAUCGCAGAAAUCGAAGCCACCUAUCGCGCCAUAUCUCUGAGCGAAUUCAUGGACACACCCAUACUCAUCGUACACGUCUCCACGCCGCAGGCUACUACACACAUCAAAGCGGCAAAAGAUCGCGGGCUUCCUAUCUUUGCAGAGACGUGUCCGCAGUAUCUUUUCCUCACUAAGAAGCAUCUCGACGCCCCUGGCUUCGAAGGCGCGAAAUGCGUGUGUUCCCCUCCGCCCCGAGAAUCCGAAGCCGACUGUGACGCCAUCUGGACCGGACUGGCCGACGGGACGUUCACGAUUUUGUCGUCGGAUCACUGUCCGUUUCGCUACGAUGAUGCGGAAACAGGGAAGAAGUCGAGUAUCAGCGAAGAAUUUCCAAAUGGGCAUUUCAAAUACAUUCCGAAUGGGUGCCCAGGGAUUGAAACGCGUCUGUCUCUAGUCAUGAGCGCUGGACGCCUGCAGUUGACAAAGUUUGUAGAAGUGACGAGCGCAAACCCCGCGAAGUUGUACGGGCUUUGGCCAAAGAAGGGUGCGAUACAAGAGGGAAGUGAUGCGGAUAUCAACAUAUGGUACCCUGAGGGUAAGAUGAAGGAGUUUGAGUUGACGAAUGAUAUGCUGCAUCAUGACGUUGAUUACACGCCAUUCGAAGGGCGGUUAUUGAAGCAGUGGCCGAGAUAUACCGUGUUGAGAGGCAGGAUAGUGUGGGAUCGAGAUCAUGGAGGACUUUUGGGCGAGAAAGGACAUGGGAAGUUCGUGAAUAGGGAACAGAGUGAUCUUGCGAAGCCGAGAUUGGAGGGCGAGUGGCAACUGCCGCUGUAAUUAUAAUUGCUUGAAUCCGCCAGAGAAUCAGAUUGAAGUUUACAGCUUCGCUUCAAGCGGGCGUUCUAAACCC